CCCCCCGGCUACCUCGUUCCCUUUGGCGUCGUGGAAAUGUUCCCAUCCAGCCUCGUCUCUCUAGUCCUCCAGUUCCCUAUCGCUAUGUGGGGUGCUGAGCUGUACUCCAGUACCCAGAGCCUUGCGAUGUCAACUCCAGUCUCCCGCAGCUACCCCAAACCUCCACUAACCCCAGUAUUGUACAGCCGCGCAUUGAGGGCAAAGUCGAAAUCAGACCCUCACAGGGCUAUUCGGCACCUGUCGCUAUCUCUCUCGUGCGAAUAUGUCUCCAGCGCAGGGAAACAAUCCAUCCAGCCGCCGAAAACAUGGCCAAGCGUCACCUCGGCACACCACGACGCGACUCUACCGACGUCGUCGGCAAGGAGCUCUUGCUAUUUCGCUGCUCAUCGGGAAAGGACGCCGAGAAUAUUAUGGCGAUGGAUCUACCGUUUGUGUUGUUCAUCCCGUUUGGGCGAGGUGGUGAGGAGACGAACAGGAGGAUACCGCCAGCAUCCUUAAAGCUCAACAGCAGGACAGCAGAGACGUAUUAUGAGUUGGUCGUGACUGUGCAGCAGGGCCAAAGCAUGCAAAACAAGUACGCGUUCCCGAUACCCCUACAAAGAUAUGACACGCUGUCAACCUUUGGAAUGUACAACCGGCCCGAGACCAAGAUUGCAACGGUAGACAAUGUCGUUACGCUUGGAAUCUCCCUUCCCAGAUGGAGCUACGGCCCUAUGGAUCCCAUAACGGUAUAUAUCAAGCUGGCGCCGAAUCUGGAUUGGAUGGCAAAGGCACGGAAAGUCAAAAUCGAAAAAAUUACCCUGGCGAUCGAAGAGGAAAUUACGUACAACCCCGAAGGCGAUGAACCUACCAAGAAAGUGAACAGGUUACAGAAGCACGUUCAGGCGGUAGGGGCGAGAUUGCCAGAGGCAGGAUAUGUCACGAACAUGGGUGUCAUCUUCCCACAUAAAGAUCUCCGGGACAGCACGGGCAUCAUCAAGCGAGGGGAGCCAGCCUUUCCCAAUUACGAAGUUAACUCUUUCACGACCACAUCAACACUCUACAAAAUCGAGUUCUUCCUGGCCAUCAAGGCACAUUUGACUUCAGCGCGUGAUAUAACUUUGCGGCAGCCUAUCGUGAUUUGUCCAAUGGACCACCAGGCAUGCAAAGAAGAGAUGGAUGCGAUUGAACAGUCGGCGAAAGAAGCUUCAUUUGUCGACCAAAACAACCCCAUGUUGCCCGCAAGAUCCAUUGUUCUGGCUAAUGACCACAAUGCUCUGAGAACACUGGGCUUGUGCAUUGUUGGGGGCCAGAAGAAGCCAUUGAUUGAAUGAUGCUUUGGUGGGGCUGACGAAGACAUCCGAACCUGUGGUCCCGCAAUUUUGGUUGGCACCCUGAGACUGCAUCAUCACCGCUUCUCGUCGAAAACAUCACCGCAUGCGGCCUGCAGACUUGUAGUUGCUUUAUCCGCCCGAGUGGUAGGAGUUAAAGCUAAAUGGAUUCCGAAAGCCAUCCGCUUCGUCUCACAGCAGCAACCGACCUGAAAAUAGAAUGGUAUUGGUUCUAAC